AUGGCUCGUUGCACUGUUUUGCCUCUUUUUGUCUCCUUGUGGCUGGUGGUGACCCUACUUGGCAGCCCCUGUGGGGGAGUGAUUCAGUCCUUCCUGUGCUCGGACGAAGUGCGGCUCACUUACACAUUGGCCUACAGCAUACCGACCUUGAAGGAAUGGGGUUUGACUCUGACAGAAUGUUUCGACCGCUUGUUCAAGUUUAGCCACUUCGCCCGCACCAUUGUCUACUGCCCUGCACAUCAUUUUUGCGGAACCAACAUCACAGUCAACUUCCUGAACAGUUUCCCCUCUGUGACCAGAAAUGACGUGCGAGAAUGCAAUGUUUACGCCACAUCCCUGCCCGUCUGCGAAGACAUAGAAAACCUACUUAAAACAACCGAAAAGAACGAGUGCGCCAAACUCAUGCAGGGCUGUGGUCCCUGUGAGAACUUCGUGGGGGGAUACUGGUGCAACUGUGUCACUGGCUUCCAGCCGGACUUUGCCGAGCAGAACUGUCUAGACGUUGACGAGUGUCUUGAGAACCCUUGCGACUCAGAUGGUUACUGUGAGAACAACGUGGGGUCCUUCGAGUGCUUCUGCAACCAGGGCUACGAGGGAAAUGGGUUCAACUGCUCCGACGUGGACGAGUGUCUGGAUGAAGAGUCCUGUCACUGGCGGGCAUCCUGUACGAACCAUCCAGGCACCCACAGCUGCUACUGCAACGCCGGAUAUGAGGGAGAUGACUGUGCGGAUGUGGAUGAGUGUGCCAGGGGUGUGAGCACUUGUAAUGUCGACACAUCAAGUUGUGUAAACACGAUCGGAUCUUUCGACUGCUCCUGUAAGGCCGGAUUUGUGAAGGACCAAACUGGUGAUGACUGUGUGGAGAAGGACGACUGCAAUCCAGACCCCUGUCCAGACAACUCAGACUGCGUAGACCAGAUAGGGGGCUUCGAAUGUGAAUGUCACGAGGGCUACAAGGGAAACAAAUACGCCUGUGUUGACAUCGACGAGUGCUUCGAGCUGACUGAAAAUUCCGAGCUGACUGAAAAUCCUUGUGGUGAGAACUCCAGGUAGUUUCGAGUGUAAAUGCCCUGUUGGCUACAUGGAACUGGGUGAGCAAGGAGUUCCCACGAGCAAGAGAUGCGAGCCACAGCCGUACUACUUCUCAGAGAUCAAAUACACACAUGAGAAUAUGGAUGAUGACGCGCACAUAACUAAUUUGCAAGCCAAUCUGGAGAUGUCGGCAGAUGGACUGCACAACCUCCAAUUCUAUGCCAGAGAACCCCUCACAGACCAACAGGAAUAUGUCAGACUGCAAAUAUACACCGGCACUUACGAGUACAGGAGUCUGAAGUUUUUCCAAUUGAUUCAACCUUUGUGCAGAACGCUCAUCAGUACUGCCCAGUACUGGAGCAACACUUUCGAUGUGUUCCUCAUUGUGCCUUUUGGGGAGGAAAUUGAGGACAACUUGGAACUGGAGAACAACAGAACCGAUCUGUUCCAACUCAGAAAUGGACAGUCUGACUUCUACGCCUGCAUUUCCGGAUGUCUGGGGAAGGACUAUCUGGUGAAGGUGUGUGAUUUGGGCUACUACAUGUCGCUGUUCAGGGGGAACAACAACAAAUGCACCUCAACCUGGGCGGGCACAGUGACGUCUCUGCAAUUCCACAACAGACCAUGAAAAAAAACAAGAGAUAUGAGAAACGAGACAUUAAUAAAACUUUGGAAGUAAUUCAACUAAUUCUACCGUCUGGCAGCUGAAUCUUUUAUUCUUAAAUAAGUAAUGUAGUUAUAUUAAUCAGGGACGGAUCUAGGAUUUUCUCGAGGGGGGUGGUGUCAUAGGGACAAACUUUAUAUAGUUUAUAAAGUUCAUGAAAAUUUGGUUCAAUCUCCUUGAAUG